GUCAAACUCCACAGCUUCAAAUCAUAAUCCGCAUAUGCUUUCCUUAGAAAAAUAUUGGCCGAACUCAAAGUUGCAUAUCGCACAGUACUUUCUUCGAGGGAGUGAUGAUGAGGCCAUCUGUGGCGGCCCGGCCGCGGAUGAGGCUUCCUUCUGGUGGCUUCUUCUUCUGUUUCGCAGUGGUACUUGGAUUCUUCGUUAUGUACGCAAACAUCCGGUUCUUCUCCCCCACGCUCUCCUCACAUCCUAUGGAUAUGGCCAAUGCAGGAGGAGGAGAAGACGAUAUGGAUGUGUCUCCUGGAAUCUACCAUUCAUGGAAGGUGUUCAAGACGAACUACGAAGAGAUGGAGAGGAAGCUGAGGGUCUUUGUCUACCCGGGUGGACACCGCACUCCAAAAAGGCUAGCUGGCAAGUAUGCGAGCGAAGGGUUCUUCUUCAAGAACGUUCGUGAAAGCCGGUUCGUCACGCUCGAUCCCGAUCACGCUCACCUCUUCUUUCUUCCCGUUUCUUGCCAUAAGCUGCGAGGCCAGGGACUAUCCUGGGAAGGCAUAACCAAUGGGUUCGGAGAUUAUGUUCAGAGGCUGAUGAUCAAGUACCCUUACUGGAACAGAACACUUGGCGCAGAUCACUUCUUUGUAACUUGCCAUGAAAUGGGCAUGAGAGCGACAGAAGGCGUUCCACUUCUUGUGAAGAAUUCGAUUCGCGUCGUGUGCUCAUCGAGUUAUAACAGCGGAUAUAUUCCACACAAAGAUGUCGCCCUUCCUCAAGUGAGGAUGCCAUUUUCUUAUCCUGCCGGUGGAAAUGAUACGAUCACCAGGAGGACGCUUGGUUACUGGGCCGGACGCACUAAUUCCAACAUAAGAUCUGCAUUAACGACUGUAUGGAGCGACGAUGAUGAACUUGAUAUCCAAAACAGCCGACAGAAUGGAACUAGAGGGAAGCAUAACAAGUUUUACGGGGCUAAAUUCUGCAUAUGCCCUGGAAAGUCGGAAGUCAACAGUCCAUGCAUAGCAGACUCAAUCCGUUAUGGAUGUGUUCCAGUGAUCAUGUCUGAUUACUACGACUUGCCUUUCAAUGAUAUCCUCGACUGGCGAAAAUUCUCUGUCAUACUUAAGGAGGAUGAUGUCUAUCAGCUGAAGCGCAUUCUUCUGAACAUUUCAGAUGAAGAUUUCAUGGCGUUGCAUCAGAAUUUAGUCAAGGUUCAGAGACACUUCAUGUGGAAUACACCUCCGAUGAAAUACGAUGCGUUUCAUUUGGUCAUGUAUGAACUAUGGCUUCGCCAUCACGUCAUCAAGUUUGCUCCUUUUGAAGCUCCCGAUUACAGUAAUCUCGACUGAUGAGGAUUAUAUGCAGUUGGCACUGCCAUGCUUUUGAUAGCAGCUUUUUGACAGUAGCAUUCUUGUACUCUUAUUCCACAGAUAAUGUUCCCUUCUUACAAUGUCCUAUAGAGAGUUUUAACCAAGCAUUAGCAUUUAAUCUCAGAGAACUCCUUGUUA